GGCCGCGGACCCGCUCUCGCGCUCGCCCUCGCGCGCCCCGCGCCCCCCAGCGCGCCGGCGGGACCAUGAAGAAGUUCUCGCGGAUGCCCAAGUCGGAGGGCGGCGGCGGCGGCGCGGCGGGGAGCUCGGCCGGCGGGCCCGGGGCCGGCUCCGGCGGCGGCGGCUCGUCCGUGGGGGUCCGCGUGUUCGCCGUCGGCCGCUACCAGGUCACCCUGGAGGAGUCGCUGGCCGAAGGUGGAUUCUCCACGGUUUUCCUGGUGCGGACACAUGGUGGAAUCCGCCAUGCAUUGAAACGAAUGUAUGUGAAUAGCAUGCCAGACCUCAACAUUUGUAAAAGGGAAAUUACAAUUAUGAAAGAGCUGUCUGGUCACAAAAAUAUUGUGAGUUAUUUGGACUGUGCUGUUAAUUCAAUAAGUGAUAAUGUAUGGGAAGUGCUUAUCUUAAUGGAAUAUUGUCGAGCCGGGCAGGUAGUGAAUCAGAUGAAUAAGAAGCUGCAGACAGGUUUUACGGAGGCAGAAGUGCUGCAGAUACUCUGUGAUACCUGCGAAGCUGUCGCAAGAUUGCAUCAGUGCAAGACUCCAAUAAUUCACCGGGAUUUGAAGGUAGAAAAUAUUUUGUUGAAUGAUAGUGGAAACUAUGUACUUUGUGACUUUGGCAGUGCCACGAAUAAAUUUCUUAAUCCGCAAAAAGAUGGAGUUAAUCUAGUAGAAGAAGAAAUUAAAAAGUAUACAACUCUGUCAUACAGAGCCCCUGAAAUGAUCAACCUUUAUGGAGGGAAACCCAUCACCACCAAGGCUGAUAUCUGGGCACUGGGGUGUUUACUGUAUAAACUUUGUUUCUUCACUCUUCCUUUUGGUGAGAGUCAGGUUGCUAUCUGUGAUGGCAGCUUCACCAUCCCAGACGAUUCUCGCUACUCCCAGAAUAUACAUUGCUUGAUAAGGUUCAUGCUGGAACCAGAUCCAGAGCGCAGACCUGACAUAUUUCAAGUGUCCUAUUUUGCAUUUAAAUUUGCCAAAAAGGAUUGUCCAGUUUCCAAUAUCAAUAAUUCUUCUGUUCCUUCUGCUCUUCCUGAACCGAUGACUGCUAGUGAAGCAGCUUCUAGGAAAAGCCAAAUAAAAGCCAGAAUAACAGAUACCAUUGGACCAACAGAAACCUCAAUUGCACCAAGACAGAGACCAAAGGCCAUCUCCACUCCUGCCACUCCCAGUGUGCUGACCAUUCAGAGUUCAGCAACGCCUGUGAAAGUCCCUGCUCCUGGUGAAUUCGGGAACCACAGACCAAAAGGAGCCCCGAGACCCGGCCGUGGCCCCGAGCUGGCGCUGGGUCAGGGGCCCCCGCAGCAGCCCCCGCAGCAGCCCCCGCAGCAGCCCCGCGUCCUGCAGCAGUUGCAGCAGGGGGACUGGAGACUGCAGCAGCUUCACCUCCAGCACCGGCCGGCGCAGCCGCCGCCGCAGCUCCUCCAGGACGCCUACGGGCAGCAGUAUCAGCACGCAGUGCGGCAGCAGCAGAUGCUGCAGCAACAGGUUUUGCUGCAUUCCGUGUAUCAGCCGCAACCUUCUGCAUCACAGUAUCCUGCAAUGGUGCAGCAGUACCAGCAGGCGCUCCUGCAGCAGCAGGUGCGAGCUCAGCGUCCGCAGCCCCAGCCCCAGGCUUCACCCGAGUUUCUCACGUCCCCUCAGGAGUUCCCGCCAGCCUUAGUUUCCUACACUUCUUCCCUCCCAGCUCAGGUUGGAACCAUAGUGGACUCCUCUUACAGUGCCAACAGGUCAGUCGCUGAUAAAGAGGCAGUUGCACAUCUUCCAAGUCAGAGGAACGUCAGUAACCCACCUGACAUGUCGGGGUGGAACCCUUUCGGAGACGAUAAUUUCUCCAAGUUAACGGAAGAGGAACUGUUGGAUAGAGAAUUUGACCUUCUGAGAUCAAACAGGCUCGAGGAGAGAGCACCCCCAGAUAAGAAUGUAGACCCACUUUCCGCUCCACAUAACCGUCCUCCGGAAGAUCCUUUUGGUUCUCUUCCUUUCAUUUCUCACUCAGGUUCCCCGGAGAAGAAAACGGAGCGUUCAUCCGUGGGGGGCGCAGACGGCUCCGCGGACCCGAUCAGGAACAGACGAGCAAGUCCGGUGGGUAAGGACCAGCGGGCCGGGAAGAAGAGCGCGCAGAGCCCCUCGCUGCGGGGUCCGCUGCGGGGUCCGGUGCGGCGGCGGACCGAGGAGUCCGACAGCGACUUUGAGUCGGACCCGCCGUCUCCGAAGAGCAGCGAGGAGGACGAGCAGGAGGACGAAGAGGUCCUCCAGGGGGAGCAGGGGGAUUUCCACGACGACGACACGGAGCCGGAGAACCUGGGUCACCGUCCUCUGCUCAUGGACUCGGAGGACGACGACGACGACAAGCGCAGCUCCGACUCCGACGACGAGCGCGCCGAGGUGCGGGGCGGCCGCGGCCAGUCGCCCUCGGACGGGGCCGCGGACGCCGCGAGGCCGGAGGUGGACGUGUUCGGCGCCGUCCCCUUCCUCGCGGUGCGCGCCCGGCAGCCGCGCCAGGGCCCGCGCGGGGAGGCGCGCCCCGAGCCCGAGGAGCCCGACGUGUUCACGAAGGCGCCGUUCGGCCCGCCGGGGGGGGCGACGAGGAGCCCGGGCCGCCCGCGGAGCGUGGACGCGUUCGGCCAGACGCCCUUCCAGCCUGUCCCCGCGCCCGCGGGCAGCAGCGGCAGCCGCGAGGACCCGUUCGGGCUCGUGCCGUUCGAGGAGCUCGCGGGGGCCCCGCCGCCCCGGGCCAAGCCGCGCGGCCUGCAGAAGCUGUCGUCCCGCCAGCGGCGCCCCAAGCCGGACGCGGCCAGGGCCAAUGGCAAGCGGCACCACGGCGCGGCCACCGCCGCCAGGAAGCCCGCCAAGCCCGCCUUCCGUACCCCCGAGCGCGCGCGCCGGCCCCGCAGGGCGGGCCGCCGCGACUCCCAGAGCAGCAACGAGUUCCUGACCAUCUCGGACUCCAAGGAGAACAUCAGCGUGGCCAUGCCCGACGGCAGGGACCGGGGCGGCGGCCUGCAGCCCGAGGACAGCCUGCUGGACCCCUUCGGCGCCAAGCCCUUCCGUCCGCCCGAGCUGCCCUGGCUCGCCCCGCACCACCCGCCGCACCCGGGCCUGAGCGACCCGCGCGCCGACCACGGCCCCGUCCUGCCCGGGCGGCCCAGGGCGAGCUCGCGGCCCGGCGCGCUGCACAGCCCCGAGGCGCUGCGGACCGACGACUUCGGCGCGGUGCCCUUCACCGAGCUGGUGCUGCGGGCCGCGCCGGCCGAGCUGGACCCGUUCGGGGCCGCGCCGUUCCCCUCCAAGCAGUAGCGGCCGGACGCGCGCGGGCCCGCACGCCCGUCGCCAGAGCGUGGGUGGUUGUGUG